AUGCAUGGGAACUCCACAGAUACAGCAAAGCCCCAAUCCUCAAGGUGCCGCGGCGGUCCGCUCAUGCACAAACCAUAUCAACACAUCUACAUCCUCCCUCCCCGCUUAAUAAUACUACCACCCGGGGCAGUUCGGCUAAUGGUGUUGUACGCCGCUUCCCACUUUGAACCUCUCGAUAUCAACGAUGUUGGUGUGGAUGACUCGGACCUUAGAGACAUCAAACGUGCCGCUUCGACUAUCCAUUCAGAUGGUUUACACACGGUUGCGAGACUGAUUGCUCUCCAGACAUGGUCAUCUUUGCAAAUUUUCUUCCUUGCGAUGAUGUUGUUUCCGGAGGCGCAAUGCAGCACCUCGAGCAGUCUUGAGUCUAUCGUGACAUAG